AUGUCUUGGGAGCUUCUGAAGCGCUUCAUCGAGAGCGAUGUGUUCAACCAGAAUCCAUUCCUUUCGGUAGCAUACCUCUCUCGUUAUGCGAACAAUGUUGGCAUUCAUUACGUUCUCUGCCAGAAGCUCCGGCAAUUUAGCUACGAAGAAAUCGAGUUCUUUUUACCCCAGCUAUGCCACCUCAUCAUAAGUGUGGAUAAUGAGUCCAUGGCCUUGGAGGAGUUUAUUUUGGAUCUGUGCGAAGAGUCCGUCAAUGCUGCCCUGCUGACCUUCUGGUUUUUCCAGACAUACCUCCAUGAUCUAUCUCAGAAUCCACAAUCCGAAGCCUUCAAGACAUGCAGGAGGAUAUACAACAAAGUGCAGCAUAUCGUGUUUGGAGUAGCGGAGCCGACAAGGCAUGAGAAGAUUAAGGAGAAUGUGCUUCCCGUGUCCGUUUUGGCCAGCUUCGUGCUGGCCAGUAUUGCGGUUCCCUUUUUGCCAAAGUGGGCUGGGCCUUUGGCAAUAUCCCAGGCGAGGAAACCUCAGUCGACAGGUGAUGUUAUAUCGGACGGAAGUCAAACACAACAGAAGAUUGUACGUAGCCAUACGACGACGCCCAGCACAACACGGUCGAGGAGAGCCAAAGAGGGUCGAAUAGCAGGUGCCGCUUCCAACUCUACCAAUGGAGCUCGCUCUAAACCACCCCGUGCAAGCUCAUUGGAGAGACCAAGGUCGUCGAACUCUACGAAGCCACCCCAUGUUGAACCUAGACCUCGGCCUUCACGUCUAGACCUACAGCCCCUUGACCCCCGUCUCAGUUCCUCGUCUUUACCAUUGCCAGAUUCGCGAUCACCACGGAUGACUGUUACGAGGCCAUCUACCCCGGCUACUGCUGGCAUAUCGCAGCGGAUUCCAGAUCAUAUCUCACGGAAGCACGUGCAAGUCGCCAGAGCCCUUAGCCCUUCUGCCCUUUCGGAUUUGCAAAAGGUUAAAUUGCUGAGGCAAAACUACUUUCGGUGUGAAACCCAAUUCCUCACAGCUCUUGAAGAUAUAUCGAAUCGUUUGAUAAUCGUGCCUAAAGCAGCUCGUCUGAGCGCUUUACGUGCAGAGCUUGCUCUCAUUGCCCGGGAUUUGCCAGCUGAAGUCGACAUACCGGUCAUCUGCCCUGCUUCGUUGAUAGACGGAAUACCAAGCAAAAGCCGGCAUCACCGUAUUGUUCGUUUAAAUCCUGCCGAGGCCACAGUGUUGAACAGUGCUGAGAAAGUUCCCUACCUCCUCAUGGUUGAGGUUUUGCGCGAUGAUUUCAGUUUUGACCCAUCGACAAUCGACAAUCGAAGAUUAUUAGUUAAGCUAAUGUCAGAACAUGGAACCGGUCGCAAACGUAUAUUUGAUCUAUCAGAAUCUGCUCAUCCGUCCCAUACGAACAGAAGCAGCGAUAUACCCCAGGACAGCGUAUUUGAACCUGUGACCGGGGAUCUAGGAAGUUCUCCAUUGAUCAAGACGUUCGAUGAAGCUACCCUAAUUGAUGAAAACACCCCUCCGACACAGCCCGUUACGCCCAUUCCUCCGCGGCUCUCUAGUGGUGCCACUACUCUUUCCACAACUUCCACAGUUGCAACACCCAGGGAUUCUGGUGCAUCAAUAUCUCGCUCAGCGAGUCCAGGCUCGCGCAAAAUGACCCUCCCCGGCUACGGUCGAUCUGGUGCAUCAGAUCAGCCGGACUUCUCCGCGUUGGCCACACACAUGCGAACGGCCUCGCAAAUGCUAGCCCAACUUGAUUCAACGAGUGGGAAAAGGCCGAAGGGUGAGGUUGCAGCAAUUCGAGCCAAGAUUAUUGCUAGCAUGCAGAGUUUGGAAGAACAAAGCUUUGAAGUCGAAGACAGCCCUAGAUCACCCGCACCUACUUUCGAUAUGAUUAUGGCAAAUGCCAAUGUUGCUGCUGCAAAUGUCACCGCUGAAGACAUCGAAGAAGAGAAUGUCUCUGAGCCUGGUUUGAACAGUGGCGCCGGAGCCGCGCGAAUGGAAAAUGAUCAGAAGACUGGUGGUGUCCAGCGGAAGGGUGACAGAGACGAUCCUAGCGCCGCUACCUUUGGUGAGGCCUGGAGCGUGAAGAAGGAAAGGAUCAGAAAGUCUUCGCCUUUUGGUUGGAUGAAAAACUGGGACGUUCUCAGUGUGAUUGUGAAAACGGGCGAUGAUUUGAGACAAGAAGCUUUCGCAUGUCAACUGAUUCAAGUUUGUGACAAAAUAUGGGAAGACGCAAAAACCCCAGUAUGGGUAAAACGGAUGAGAAUUUUGGUCACGGGCGAAUCCUCGGGCCUUAUUGAGACCAUUACAAACGGAGUAUCUCUACACUCUCUCAAGCGAAGCCUAACACUGGCCACCAUUGAGAGUGGUGACAAUCCUCGAAGGCGUAUAGCAACUUUGAAGGAUCAUUUUGUCAAGACUUUUGGUGCUCCUGAUACCGAUGCCUAUAAAGCAGCCGAAGACGCAUUUAAGCGAUCACUGGCUGCUUAUAGUAUCAUUUCGUAUAUUCUACAACUCAAGGAUCGUCACAACGGAAAUGUACUUGUUGACAACGAAGGCCACAUUAUCCAUAUCGAUUUUGGAUUUAUGCUCUCCAACUCUCCAGGAUCAGUUGGGUUUGAAGCUGCGCCAUUCAAACUCACACAGGACUAUGUUGAUGUUCUUGGGGGAGUUGGGGCUCCUGGAUUUGAGGAUUACAAAAAGCUAUGUAAACAAGCAUUUCAAGCCCUUCGGCGCUCUGCCGACCAUAUCAUCGAUCUAGUCAGCAUGAUGGGUGUAGAAUCUAAAAUGCCUUGCUACUCCUAUGGUGUACAACAAGCUACGAACAGUUUGAGGCAACGCUUUCAACUCCAGCUCAGUGCGGAUGAAGCCGAGCAAUUUGUAGAGACCGACUUGAUUGGGAAGUCUUUAGGAAGCUAUUAUACACGACUUUAUGACACCUUCCAGUAUCGUACUCAGGGUAUUUACUGA